AUGAGACAAAGCUUAGGAUUCAUGCAGCUAGAGCGAAAGAACUCGAGUAGUGUUGGACCAGGGAAAGGAGAGGAGCCGAAGCUGCCUAGUCCCAGUGAGAUGAUUCCACCGACUCCAACAGUAACCGGAGCUACUACUAGUUAUGACCAAGCCAACUAUGGAUUCAAUUCCCUCGGGGAUUUGAAGUAUGGCUAUUUACGGGACUCUCCAACUGCUUGA